CAGUAUAAUUACUCUGUCUAUAGAUGUUGCAGUAGAGUCUCCUAAUGGACUGAUCUGUACAUCAUGUACAUCUGCCUCUGUAAUGGCUUCCGCUUGUCUUAAGUGCAAAACCGUGGAGCCAAACAACUCCAUUAAGCUCUCUACACCACAGACAGAGUGAGCGCUGGAUAAACUUCACUGACUCCACAUGACUGAUGGACAGACCCUGGACUUGGGAACAUGAAAUGAUGCUUGUGCAGACUUAGUUGACAAACAUCAGUGCUGCCCUUUGACCUCCAGACAAUGAGUCCCCAUUCCUGACGGGUGAAAGAUGGAGAAGCCUGCGUUUCUACUUUGUGUUUGGUGAACCACACUGUAAACAAUGGAGGCAUCUGGAUUACAUCCGCCAGCACAGCAUAACGAAACUGAACUUAAUGAGACAUUGAGUCAUGGCCACCCUAUGCAUCUGGCUCCCAGCAUGCAGUUAGGGAGCAUGUCCAACCCGCAAUCGCGUUUACGAGACAUGUCGGGCCUUGUGGUCAUGGUGACUCUUAAUGCAAUCGCGCUCUUGGCCAAUAGCAGAGUGCUUGCUGUAGUGGUGAAAGUGCCACAUCUCCGCAAGUUCAGUUUGGUGUGUCACCUCUGCAUCGUGGAUUUGCUAUGCGCCGCUCUGCUGAUGCCACUCGGCAUCGUCUGUGGCUCGCCCUUUUUCGCCGGCAUCGUCUUUUCUGUACUUGAAUGCAGGUUGUACAUUUUCCUCAAUGCCUUUCUCAUAUCUGCCUCUAUCUUUACCGUUACUGUGAUUAGCAUCGAACGCUACGUCUACAUCGUGCAUCCCAUGAGGUACGAGGCUAAAAUGAAUCCUUGGUUAUCCGCAGCUGUGAUGGGAUUCGUCUGGGUGGCAUCUACUUUGCUAGGACUUGCUACCGUCUUUGGGUGGCCCAGUUAUGGAAGUAGAAGCUCCAUUGCCGCCACCCAUUGCUCUCUCCAUUGGAGCCACAGUGGACACCGGAGAGUAUUCGCUAUUUUAUUCUGCACUGUUUGCUUUUGCGUUCCAGCUGCUAUUAUUAUCGCCGUCUAUGGAAAUGUCUAUAAAGUCGCCCAUACGGCUGCCCGGGAAAGAGGGCCCAUCCCGAGCUGGACGAUGGCGACCUCUCAUCCGAAGUGUCGGUCUGAUUCCGUCAACAGCCAGACAACGAUCAUCACCACCAGCACGAGCGUCCGCAGAAAUCAAGUCCCUCGCAGGAAAAGGAGAACGCUGGUUGGAGGGAAAGCGGCUCUAACUUUGGCCAUCAUUGUGGGUCAGUUUCUGCUCUGCUGGCUGCCUUACGUUGCUUUCCAACUGCAUUUGUCGCUGGGAUUCUCCCAUAGUACCUCUGAAGAAGCUGAGGGACCGGUGACAUGGCUGGCGUAUUCAACGUUCGCAGUAAACCCGUUUUUUUACGGCCUGCUCAACCGUCAGAUCAGGGAGGAGUUGUGUAAGAUGCUCUUCUGUUGCCGAUCGGCUGGCAGACCAGUGUGGCCCUCUGCGUCAGGCCACGAACGGUCGGGACAGGAAGACUUUUUUCAUUUUUUGCACAGGAGCGGCGACAGGGACGGAGUUAGAUGCAGUUAUCACAUGGCUACACCGAGGAGCACGCUGGAGCAGACUAGUUUUAGGAUACCAGGGCAAAUACCUGAAGAGAUCACCUAA